GCAUCAGUCGUGAAGCUCAUCUUAAAACCCUAAUCUUCAAACACGAAAUCCCAAAAACUCAAAGAUCCAAGCCAGAAUACGAGAGGAUGCCGAACCUCGAGUGUCGUAUGUACGAAGCAAAGUAUCCCGAGGUGGACAUGGCGGUGAUGAUACAGGUGAAGAACAUCGCCGACAUGGGCGCGUACGUUUCGCUCCUUGAAUACAACAACAUCGAAGGCAUGAUCUUGUUCUCCGAGCUUUCCCGCCGUCGGAUUCGUAGUGUCAGCAGUCUAAUCAGGGUCGGCCGAACCGAGCCGGUAAUGGUUCUCCGUGUCGAUAAGGAAAAGGGUUACAUCGAUUUGAGUAAGAGGAGAGUUAGCGAGGAGGAUAUUCAGGCUUGUGAAGAAAGGUACAAUAAGAGUAAACUUGUUCACUCUAUCAUGCGACAUGUCGCCGAGACUUUGGAUAUUGAUUUGGAGGAAUUGUAUGUUAAAAUUGGGUGGCCUCUAUACCGGAAAUAUGGUCAUGCUUUUGAGGCUUUUAAAAUCAUUGUGACUGAUCCUGAUACUGUCUUGAACACCCUCACGUGUGAAGUAAAAAAACCCGGCCCGGACGGACAGGAGGUGACUGAAAUGGUUCCUGCUGUGACUGAGGAAGUCAAAGAUGCAUUGGUGAAAAACAUUAAGAGAAGAAUGACUCCUCAACCUCUGAAGGUUCGGGCUGAUAUUGAAAUGAAAUGUUUCCAGUUUGAUGGCGUUCUUCACAUUAAGGAGGCCAUGCGCAAAGCCGAGGCUGCUGGGAAUGAUGACUGCCCUGUUAAAAUCAAGCUCGUGGCUCCUCCACUUUAUGUUCUUACCACUCAAACUCUUGACAAGGACCAAGGAAUAGCUGUCCUCAAUAAAGCCAUUAAAGCUUGCACUGAAGCAAUAGAGCAUCACAAGGGAAAACUUGUUGUCAAGGAGCAUCCUAGAGCGGUGAGUGAACGGGACGAUAAAUUGCUCGCUGAGCACAUGGCUAAGUUGCGUAACGAUAACGAAGAGGUCAGUGGAGACGAAGACAGCGAAGAAGAGGAAGACACAGGCAUGGGAGAAGUUGAUGUUGAGAAUGCGGGUCCCGGGAUAACGGAAUAGCAUUGCUUCAUACAUGAAGAUGAAGAAACACUUGCCAAAUGGCGUAAACUUGAAACUCACAUCAUGAUACACUUUUCUUUGGAUUUUCUCUUGCCUUGACGAUGAAGACGAAGAAACUGUAUGCGCAAAUUGAAUACAAACACAGAACCAAAAGGAGGGAUUCAUCUGCUCCUGUAUGCGCUGAGCCUUCAACACUGUAGUCCUGCAUCAUGUAAAUCUCAGUUAAGUUUCACUCAAGUCAUUCAAACCGAUGAAAUGAUUGUUAAGAAAGAAAACGUUGAGUUCAUGUUCUUCGAGACCAUCUUGUAAGCAGAAUAGCCUGCAAAAUCACCAACCGAUGACCAUGUAAUCGACUCAACAAUAAAUUAGAUGUUUAAACAGCUAGUUGAUUGAUUG